AUGUGGCAAGCUUGCAAUGCUGCAGUGGUCUCACCAAGAGAAGAUUCCGUGGAGUGGGAAGGGCGGAGUCUCCUAAAGGCGCUUCUCAAGAAAUCUGCACUUCGUGGGGAGGAGAUCCACGUUCUGGGCUGUGAAGUGAGUGAGGAAGAGUUUCGAGAAGGGUUUGGCUGUGACGUCAACAGCUGGCUGGUUUACCAUGACCUCUUUAAAGACCCUCUUAACUGGUCAAAAACUGGCGAAGCUGUCCCCGAAGGACCCCUAGGAACCUUAAGAGCCUUGUGCAGGACAGGUCCCGGCCCUGUCACCAUUGCUCUUGACUCUCUCAGCUGGCUGUUGCUUCACCUUCCCUGUGUUACACUCUGUCAAACUCUGCAUGCUCUGAGCCAGCCAAGUGUCUCCCCAGGUGCUGACCCCCUAGUAGAGCAGGUACGAGUCCUGGGCCUGCUACAUGAAGAGCUUCAUGAUCCUGGCCUCAUGGGAGCGCUGAGCACCCUUGCUCACACAGAGGUGACUCUGAAUGGUAAAAUGGACCAGACUUCAGCCUCCAUCCUCUGUCGAAGGCCCCAACAACGUGCAACUUACCAGACUUGGUCGUUCUCCAUUCUUCCUGACUUCAGCCUGGAUCUCCAGGAGAGGUUUCCCCUCCAUUCCAAGCUACCCUCCAGUCACACAACUCAGGUGGAUCCCACGACUCAUUUGACCUUUAACCUUCACUUAUCCGAAAAAGAAAGAGAAGCCAGAGACAGCCUCACUCUGCCUUUAUUCAGCUCUGAAAAACAGCAAGCACUGCUGCGUUCUGGCCCAGGCCAGAAAACUAGCCACAUCUUCUAUGAGCCAGAUGCUUUCGAUGAUGUGGACCAAGACGACCCAGAUGAUGACCUAGGCAUUUGACUAGACAGGAGAGGAGGACUGUGGCUUAGAAUCAU